GGUGGCCUUGCAAUGCAAAAUACACAAAAUAUUUCAGAAAACGCAGGAACAAGAGCAAAGAAACAACAACAAACUGUAUAAAAUUUAUAAAAUAAGAAAACUCAACAAGAUUGCACAGGCCUAAUUUUUUGUGAUCCUCAAGUCAGAUUAGUAUAUGGUCUCUCGUACCAGAGAGAGAUUGAAUCAGCAAAGCAUUUCUGUACAUUGCGUCCUGCUUAUUUUGGUAAAAAGGAGUUGGGAAAGAAACAUUAUUUAUUCCAAAAUCUAUGAAAACCAAUGCCACAUAAUACAGUAUGUGUUUUACAUCCUCAUAUUGCAAAGGUUUUAAGGUUGAAAAGAGAGUAUUACAGCAAUAAUAACUAGUGUAAAUAUAAUUGCAUCAACUAUCAUAUAUUAGCAUACAUUUUGGUGGUUUAAGGGAAACUACUCUCAAAAUCAUAUACCACAGAUGUCCAAAGUUAAUCAUACUAAUCAAUUAGAGCUGUAUAUUUAGGGUUUUUGCAGAUGUAAGGGUAACUCUUUUCACCAACUCACUGGUCAAACCAAAUCCAUAACAUGUCUGAAUAUCUAUCAUUCUUUUAGGGACAAUUGCGAAAACAUAGACAAACUUGGGCAUGACUUAUCAUCUCUUUAUUUCAAAACCACCAGAGGAAGCACAGUACAUUAAGAGUGGUCCUUAUAUUAUUUUUUACUUCAAUCAGUAAAUUGGAUUGAGGUAAAUAGUUACAUUUUCUGGCUGGUGUAAUUAUACACCUGUUUUCUUUCUUUUUUAAAGUUUUUAUAUUUUAAAAAAAUUAUCUGCAGUUUAGAGUUGGUAAACUAGUGGUUUCAGAAGUUUAAAAUGGAGCCACUUCAUUUAACAUGAUUGUUCUGUCACAAAGAGCAUUGUGUCUGAAUUGCUGCAUUAACCUCAAAGAAAAUGGUAAAAUAGUAUGCAAGCCACUAUCUAUCUAUCUAUCUACAGUGUUGGAUUCCAACACACGGUCUUCAUCGCCGUCUGGUGGCUGACUUGUGUUGUGGUGGCUACAGAGACCUACAAUUGUCAAAUGAAUGCCCUGGGCUUCUGUUUUCAACUUACCGGCCUGUAAAGCAUGGGAGGAAUAAUGAUCAAUAUCCAUUGUAUUUAUGAAUAUUUCUAUGUUAUUUGUAAUGUGGUUGUAUGGAAAUAGUGUUUUGAAGGAAAAGUCAUCACCUAAACAGUAAAUAGUGUCAAAACCUCGACCUUGUCUGAGUAUUUCUUUAUAAAAUGUAUCAUCAGCCUAAAUGUUGUUUUUUAGUUAAUUUUCAUCAAAUUUACAUUUACACUUGCAGUCAAGGUGUAGUAGAACAUAAUCAGUUUCAUUAUAAUCUGCAGGAGGAUGGCUAUGAUGGUGAGAUUGCCUUUGAAAUACAGAUUUUAUACCAGGCAAGGAUAAAAAUCUCAUAUUUUUCUUUAUUGCGUCUCCAUUUACUCUGUAUGGUAACAUAAACGUGUUCAUUUACAUACAUAGAGUGGAUUCACAUUUCUUAGCUUCUGACCUAUCAAAGGAGACCAUAUCUAGGCCAAGUGGUUGAGGAGUUAUUGCUAAUUCAUUUUCGGUAUUUUAUUUAGGCGUCAGCUGGGGUAUUGCUGAUAGAAAUGUAGUCCCAAAACAAAUGGACUAAUGUUUAUUAAUAUAUUUUACAAAAAGAAUAGACAGAAACAUUCCACUGGAUUGUAGUUUGAUUGAGAGAUUGUAUCUAUGCAUUUCUUAGAUGAAUCGGUGCGAAUACACAUCGAUCGCGACGCACUUCAGGCUCACGCGUCUUUUUGUCCUGCUCACGUGCCUUCGUUCUCUGAUUCGAUUCUUAGAGUGAAAGGACGACACAGUGAAAUGGAAGGCGUUCCUUCCAAAUAUCCAAGGAGCCUGUGUGUUGCCACACAGUAAGUGUGUGAACUGUACUAAUUUUUUCUGAGAGAAAAUAAGUUAUUUCUGACUGGAUAACGCAGCAUUAUUGUUCGGAAACCACAAAACAAACAAAGAAGUGCUUAAUGUCGCUAUGUCUUGGUAAGUAUGGUGUGCGUUGUUUUUUCCCGUACCUUUUCAAAGAUCUGGGUAAGUUAAAACAGGUAAUUCUACAAGCACAUCACAGUCCUCAUAGAAUUUGCGAUUUUGUUUUGCACUGGUAUAACAGCUUGUGAUUGGACUUGUGUACUAGUUGACGCAAUUUAUUUCAGAUUGGGAGGCUCAAGUCACCUUUCAUUAACUAAAAGGUUUCUUGAUAUAGCUUUAUGUAUAUACUUAUGUGUCAUGACUGGUCCACUAACAUGCAAAUGUGCCUUUUCAGUCCAAUUCAGAGCCAAACUUCACCAUUCCCAGACAUCCCCAAGUGGUAUGGGAUCACUGGUCCUAUCAGCCAGGAUCUGCCCGAAGAGGCUGACUUGAUCCAGACCAGAAAAGUGAUUGACACUCUGGAGUCAUAUGGUGUAUUUGAGGACAACUUGGAGCUGAAUCACAGAGAGAAGGUUGUCAAACGACUGGAGACACUUUAUAAGGAGUGGCUCAAAGAAAUGUCUAAAAGAAUGAACUUACCUGAAACGAUGACAGAAAACGUCGGCGGUAAGAUCUUCCCAUUUGGCUCCUAUCGUCUGGGAGUUCACUCAAAAGGUGCUGAAAUUGAUGCCCUCUGUGUCGGACCCAGAUUUCUUGAGAGAAAAGACUUCUUCACAUCCUUCUUUGAGAAGCUGAAGGCUCAUGUGGAGGUCAAAGACAUACAGGCCAUUGAAGAGGCGUUUGUCCCUGUCAUCAAACUGUCCUUUUAUGGGAUUGAGAUUGACUUAGUCUUUGCCCGGUUGGAGCUGAAGAGCAUUCCUGAGAAUCUGGACCUUCUUAAUGACAUCUUGUUGAAGGACAUAGAUAAACGCUGCAUCAGGAGUCUCAAUGGCUACAGAGUUACAGAGGAGAUCCUCAGUCUUGUGCCAAAUAUUUUUAAUUUCAGGCUCGCUUUGAGAGCCAUCAAGCUGUGGGCCAAACGCCGUAAUAUUUACUCCAGCAUUCUGGGCUUCUUGGGCGGUGUAUCGUGGGCCAUACUGGUAGCCAGAGUUUGUCAGGCGUACCCAAAUGCCACAGUGUCCACGCUGGUGAACAAAUUCUUCAAGGUCUUCUCAAUGUGGGCAUGGCCAGUCCCAAUUCUCUUGAAGAGAGUAGAGGACCGCUACUUCAACCUUCCUAUUUGGGAUCCCACGGUUAAUCGAAGAGACCGCUGCCACCUAAUGCCCAUUAUCACCCCAGCAUACCCACAGCAGAACACCACAUUCAACAUGUCUACCUCCACCUUAGCCAUCAUAACGGAAGAGAUCCAACAGGGCCAUGUCAUCACUGAAGAAAUACAGCAGAAAAAAGCAGACUGGUCCAAACUAUUUGAAACACCAGACUUUUUUGGAAAGUACAAGUAUUAUGUUCUGCUGCAAGCAACUUCAGCAACAGAGGAGCAGCAUAAUAAAUGGGUUAGCCUGGUGGAGUCUAAAAUCAGAUUUCUGGUUGGAACUCUGGAGAGAAAUGUGCACAUUUCUCUGGCCCAUGCUAAUCUGCAGUCCUUCCCUGGAUCCAGGAAGGUCAAUGACAAAGGGGGAAUGAGCACAAUGUGGCUGAUUGGGCUUAAUAUGGAGGAGUCUAAAAACAUGAAAAUAAACCUGACCUCUGACCUCCUAUCCUUCACUAACACUAUCUACAGCCAGGCAGCGAGCUCUGAGAUGUAUGAAAAGGAGAUGACCAUAUCAGCCACACAUGUGAAGAGGGAAAACCUUAGCUGGCGCAUGCCUAAUGGCGAAUGCAAAAGGGUUUUCAGUCCAAAACCAGAGGCCACACUGAGCCGCCAAAUGUCUGCCACAUUACCACCUGGCCAAUCCGCCACAAAGAGAAAAGACUGGCCUCACUCUGAGAUGCCAGCCAGAAAGAUCAAAGCUGACAAGAGUCCGCCCACUGUCGAACUGUCCGACUUGCCUCCCGGCCCCACCAAGCCGACUGCUGUUGUGAAACACGCCAUCAAAUUUCGACUUAUCAGGUACAGCACAGAAUUAAGAAUAGAUAUGUCUCCUUUGUUCCCUCUAGCUGCACACACUUCUUCACUCUCCUACCUUGUCAUGUCCCCCAAAUGACAGACAUCCUCACAUACAGUAUUCAUCCUGAGGUUCAUGGAAGGCCCAUUGUACAGCCGACGUUACAGAGCUGGAAUAUGGUCUCUAUCUUUUCACCACAAGAGGGCAAUGAAGCCUUUCUGCUGGCCUCUUCUUCAACCCUAGCAAGGGAAUGGGUAAACAGGCACACUGUUCAAAGACUAGUCAUUUGGUGACAGCAAAACCUGAUGCAGAUUAGAGUUAAGGGAGCAUCUCUACCGUCAGUAAUCUUUUUAUAAAUGGUUGAGUCUUCACAGAGGGAUUUUGAAUGCUCGCAUUUUUCACCUUAAUGUGUUGAUUUGCACCCGAUAAUAGUAGUGAGGUGCUGAUUAAUAAUUUUGUGAUGUAUUUGGGAGGACGAUCUAUCAUGUUGUGCUUUAAAAAGCUUUUUUUUUUUCUUUUCAAUUUCCCACCCCGUGCUGUUGUUUGAUCAUAUUCCUGGAAGUGCUGUUCCCGGAAGAUAAUGUUUUGUGAGUUGACCUCAGUGAGCUCUACGCAGAAUGAUGCUUUUAAGUAAUCUGCUGUCUUUGAUUAAUUGUAAUUAAUGACAGGGAGAAACAAACAUCACUCAUUACUGGACGGUAAUUGUUUCUAGGCCUUUUUGGAUGAAGAGGAUAAUAGCAAGUAUACCUAAGAUUUGAGUACUGUAAAAAAAAUCACACUCAAUCUAACACCACUAAUACACACACUGUAGCGUAGACAGCAAGAUUGAACUUGUGCAUUAAAGUGUAUAGAGCCAAGCUUUACCUGUCCCCCACAACAUAUGUAAAUAACAAUCAACAAACAGAGUGCUACAUUGUCUAAAAAAUAAUUUCAUAUUUUUCAUGUGGUUCUGACUAGAUUUCCACCCUCCACAUUGACUUUUCUUUAUUUUUAUUUUUAUUUUCUCAUAUUCAGUAAGACCACGAUGCAAAUUCUUGGACAGGACUCACCAAUUAAUUACAUUAAAUGGGCACAAGACUUCUUUAAUGCACCUGAGCUAUCAUGAGUUUUCUCAUCAACUGAUUGUGCUGGAGGGAGAACAGGAAUUAGAUGGAUGGGUUGACCAGUUCUUGACCUUUGAAAUAUGAAUCUAUUGAACAGUAACUUGUACAACUGUCUUGUCCAAGUUUAACAAAAAAAGAACUUAAAAUGUAUAUUUUCUUGAGACUUGAUGGAUUUUUCAGCGAUUUUCAUUGAUUAUAUGACUUGAUUUUGAACUGAAGGACUACUGAGAAGGGUAGAGAUUUGGUUUAGCAACACACCACAAGCUUGUUACUCGUCACUUCAUUAUUUUUUGUUGAAAUAUAGUAUGUAUCAUUAGUGGAGGGGGAUUUUGUGCCAGACGAGACACCCAGAUACUCAGCCAUGGGGAGCAGACUCAUAACAUGGCCUAGUUAAAGGUUUUCAGUUGUUUGCAUCCCAAUCCGGUCAAAAUUUCCCAAGAUGUAUCUUGUAAGAGCGUGUAUGUUGUUGCUUAGGAACAGUUUUUCCUGUGCUCCCAGUAGGUGGUCUCUUUAUGAAUAUCAUUACAUGUCCCCAUUCACGCGAGGCAAGACAUCUUUAUCCCUUGUAAACCAUGUUUAUCGCUAUUUUCACUCCUAAAUUUGGAUGGAUGUUUAUGCUCACUGUGGUUUUAGACCUUCAUAUAUUUACUGAUAGAUGCAGUUGUGAUGCUGUGUAAUUGCUGACAUUAAGGAGAAGCUGAUCACAGAGACGAUAUGUGAUUUGAAACUUUUAAAUAGUUAUCCAGUGAGUUCAAUGUUCAUAUAAGAAGCAAGUUUAUUAUCUUGCAGAGCGAUAUCGGCGUACUUACAUUUGUCUCUAAUUAAUCAUGGGCAACAUUAGGACUUCAUCCAGAGGUCUAUCCACAGGAGGUCCAGUCCAGUGUAUGGGGCUCCCCUAUAGCUGUUGCCCCUCUUUCUCCCGCCGCGUGCACUCUGUGUGGGGCAGAGACUCAGGGCAUGGCCCCCUGUCAUCCUGCUGGGCCUCCAUCUGCUGUGGAGGUGGUUAGGUCCCCGGAUUGAUGGCAAGACAAUGAGUUUAUGACAUGUGUCGCCGUGAGUGACAAAGGAUCCGUCCCAACUGGGCCUCCUGACGACCACUGAUCUCACAUUUGCAGUCGGCACUAUGCCAAGGCUAAUGUGAGGAGUGAUCCUCCUGCUGUGGAAUGGGACUUGUAGUUUACAGCUGGCUGGUAAUUCAGGACAAGGAGCAAAUCUCUCUGGCUUCUGUGCACAUUAGCAAGUCUUACAUUAUGUGGUUAAAUCUGAAUGAACAAUAAUCUAUGGUAAAAGCAUAUGCAGUCAUCCAUAGAAACUAGCCUUCAAUGCUAACUUCUGAUUUGUACAUGAGCAUUGAUACUUGCCCUGUUGCCAGUGAGCCUAUUACGCCUCCUCUUCGGAGAGACUUUAUGAAGCCUUCUAAACUGGUCUCUGAAGUUCCCCAGUUGACCCAGCAGUACUGCUUUCACACGCCUGUCAACACUCUGUUUCUUUCCACUUUGGUGGGUCCAAGUUAAAAGGAAAUCGCUCCCUUCAUCUCCCACUCCUCUCCUCCUUGCCCAAAACAGGAUGAUAAAAGCCAGAGUUUCACAUCUGAGAAACUGCAACAAUGCUACUGUACCUUCAAAGGGGAAGAUGCCACAUUGUGAGAUGACAGGGUGUUGAUAUGAAAGUGUUGUCUGCUUCCCGGGUGAGAUCAGUGGAGGCCGGUAGAUGUGUACUGUUAUGUUGCUCUGAGUGAUCUGACCAACGUGGUGGAGGAGAGGUGUCACGGCGGACAGACUUACUGGGAUGUGUAUCUGUGUCAGUUUUUACUUGAAGGAAUUUGGUGUACUGCAUUUGGAAAAGGUUUCCAACUAUCAGGAUUUUGUUUUUUAUCUGCAUUUGAUGUUGCUGAUUAUCAGAUGGUGCUGUGAAUUACUUUUAAUUCCUGGAAAUGGCAUCAUUUUAAUGAAAAUAUGAAGUUAGUUAGCUAGUUUGAUGACCACUUUAAUUAUCAGGGUCAUAAUAAAGCACUGCACACACCACAGUCCAUACCAAAAAUGAAGAUUUGGUAUUUAGUACACAAAUGGAGUAGUUAAGGAAUGCACUGUGAUAAUUACACCUCUAAAUUGUAUGUAAUAUGACAUUGUGGUAGCUGAUCACUUUCACACACCAUCUUUAUGGUGCCCAUCGAUGACCUUUUAAGAGAAGGGAUGUUACGUGCUACUCCAUGAACCUGUAAGUCUUACAACCCUGUUCCUUCACAUAUCAUACAGCAGGCACAAGUGAUCCAGUGCCACGGAUUGGUUGACGAGCCUGAAGAUUACAUCCUCACUUUCCCACUCCUGACCAAGUGCACAAAACUUCAACCUCCAUCACCAGCCAUUGCUUUGUUAAUUUUUCUUCUGCUUGCUUAUGGAGCAAGAGAAUGGGGGGGUUACAUGCUCCUUCAUGAAUUUGUAAGUCUAACAACCCUGAUCCUUCGUGCGUCUUUUACAGCAGGCGAAGUUGAGCAUCACUGAUUGGUUGACGUGCCUGAAGAUAACAUUGUCACUUUCUCGCUCCUGACCAAGAGCGAAAAUGUCAUCCUCAAUCACCAAAUAUUGUUUUGUGUUGUUAUUUGUUCCCUUGGUGUGUGUGUGUGUGUGUGUG